GGCCUCGUUUUGGGUUGUUCUUCUUUGACAUUAUGGCGGCAGUUACGCCAGGAAAACGCAAGCAUUUCGAUGAGGGACGUGACGAUGCCCGAGCGGUAGAUAUUUCAAUGAAGAGAUGUCGCAUGGACAAUUGCUUUUCCACAACUGGCCACAUGUGCAUAGACUUCCCUGAACGGUUAUUGGAUGGAGUUAUGAACGUGUUGAUGAACAAUCUCUGUGGCAGGUAUUGCGGUGCACUGUUGACUGUAACUCCACUCAUUGUCAUCAACAGUAACGCCGCUGACGAGAGUAGGCCAGUAGGAUACACAUUUCCAAAAGCAUACUGUAGUAUUAGUAAAUAUGAUAAGCAGUUCGUGUUGUCGUCUCUCUUCAAGACUGGCUUAGAUAUUUUAAUGGAUUAUGUGGAACAAAAGAAACUUCCUCCAAACAACGAAGACAAAUAUGUACUGGACAUUCUCCUGCAUUUCAUUUUCACGUUGACUAGCACAGGUGCACAGUCACCAUUUGAUGAAUUGGAUCAUUUGUCAGAAACUGAUCGCUCCAUUAUUUUGGCCAAUCAUCUGUUUGGAAAGCUGUCAACAUCAUCACAUUUUGUCAUCAAUAAACAUUGGAAAGGGAGAGCACCAAAUGCAGCCUCAUGUUCUUGUUCCAAUCCUUCCUGUAAAAUGACAGGCCUGUUUGGAGACACAAGUAUAGGGAAUGAAACUGUUUGGCAUGGCAAUUUGGAUGUAAUUGUCAACGAUGAAGUUGUUGUAGAAGUUCUUGAAGAUUUGCAAAAUAGUCCAGGGGGAAAAUCACCUGUCAAAGUGAAGUUAAAAACUUCUUCAUUUUCAAGAAAUCCUCAGAUAAUCGCUAAAACAAUAGUGUUUUCUUUUCUUCAGAAGAAGAGGCACCCAGAGAGAAGUCAUUUUCUUACACCCUGUAUUGGAGUAACUGGUAGUGAUUUGGUGAUCUAUUGUUAUGACUCUGAACAUGAUACCCUUCUGGAAAGCAGCACUAUUCCUUUGUUUGCUCCUGAUUCGGUGACUGGAGGCAUCAACCUAACCGCCAUUGUGGUAACCUGGCUUGUUGUCAAUCACAAAUAUCUUUGCAGUGGUUUGAUUCAUAUGGAUGAUUUGAAGACACUAAAGUCAGGAUUCUUUGACCAGAUACAAGCCAAGUGUGAUGUAUAUGAAAAUGAGUUACAGAUCGGUGGGAUUGUUCCACAGAAUUACAAUGCACCUGCUUGUUCUGCCCCAAAUAAUCUUGUCUUUGAUGCUACAGCUGUCAUCGCCAAUAAUCGAUGUUUAAAGAUUGGAAUUACUCGAAAUGGUCUUUCAAAAAAAUAACGAGACGGAACAAUAUUGAUGAUGUCUGUUUAUACCUUGUAAAAAUACUUGAUCUGAAUGACAUGUUAGAGAGUAGAGAAGUCAUUGCUGAUGGUACAACAUGUAUUUUAAUUAGUAAUCAGACUGAUAUAUUUAUUGCCUGUCCAUAACAUAACUACAUCUUCAGAGUUUAUGAUAUGCAAAUGUACAACUAUAUAUUAAUCCUCAGUUGGUUUAAACCUAAAAAAGAAUUACCAGGCACUCAAUGAAUGAGAUGUUGAUAAGAAGAUGAUUUUCUUUUGGAAUUAAUGAAUCUGCUUGUACUAUUUUGGUGAACGAAGUUUAUGUGAGUUGACUUUCUCUCCUUAGCUGGAAAGACAUUUUGCUAUUCAAAAUUCACAGAUAGUUAAUGCUGAAAUGUAUGGUUGUACAGUUUUUAACUCCCUAUCUGAAGUAAAAUUUCGAUGUUGAGCCAUGUGUACUUGGAAAUCAAAAAUGUUUUGUAAAAGAAUGUAAAUUGGAUGUAAGAGAGCCAAAAGGUAAUGUUUUGUAAUAUUAUACUAAAAUGAGAUUGAAGCUUUGCUUUAUUGUUUUGCCAAUAUCUAAGGUAAAAAUACCCCACUGUAGAAUUAUUAUACUCAUCGUAUACUUUUCAAGGGUUAGAAUUGCACUACUUCUGUUUACAUGUAACAACUCUCAAAUACUAGUGUAAACAAUCCUGGUUUGUACAUGUCUAUAAUUUGGUACUAUGAUGAAGUAAGUGUACCUCAAACUUAUUUGAUGAAUAUUAUCAGAUAUUCACUGGCAUGUAACAUUGAAUAAAGAACAAAGAAUGA